AUGUGUUUUUUUUUUUUCCCCUCUGGUAUUUGCCAAUAGAAUUUGCGUUAGUAUACCCAUUGUUCUUAAAAAAGGAGUCUUCCCCAGUUACCAAACCUUAAUUGACAUUUAUUAUCAGAAUGAUUCGCCAAAAACCCAUUUGCUAUUUGUUAUGAUUGAGUUCACUCUUUCUCUCAUUUUUCCUUCUCUCUUUGGGGUUAUUGCUUUUGUUUCUAUUUUUGAAUUUUAUGGUUGUUAUGUGUGAUUUUUACAGCUUAGUGAGCAAAACCCAGAAAGGAAUAGCUGUGUAAAUCUCCCAGAACUCAAAACCCCAAGAAAUUUACAGGUUUUUUCAUGUAAAUGGCAAUUACGUUCAAGUUGCAUAAGCAUAACUAUCAAAGAAAUGCUAUGCUUCUAUCUCCAAAGCAAGCUGUCAGAUCGAGAGUUGCAAUUGUGUGCCUUGCAUCAUGCUUUCAUCCAACUACUGCAUUGGGACAGAAACUCCACUCCAAGUACAGUUUCUUUCAUGUGGGCCAACCAUCUUUGGUCAACAAUUUCAAGAGGAUGACUUGGUCUAUUAGGAGCAAUGUGGAUAGGCGCGGAUUUGAUCCUUCUUCCACAAAUAGCCCCAAUGGCAGAACCCGUUUAAUAAGGGCCAUACGAGCUGUUCAAACUAAGGUAGAUACAAGAAUUCAGGAGAUAAGGAAAGAUCUUCCAGUGAAAUUAUUGUUUUUCUUGGUAGGGUUUUACUGUGCAACUGCCUUUGCUACUGUUAUUGGGCAAACAGGUGACUGGGACAUUCUAUCUGCCGCCUUGGCUGUGGUUGUUGUUGAGGGCAUUGGGGCUCUCAUGUAUAGAGCUUCUCUUCCUUUAGUGAGCAAGAUUAGGAGCCUGAUCACCAUGUUUAACUAUUGGAAGGCUGGGCUUUCACUCGGUCUCUUCUUGGAUUCUUUUAAAUAUGGGAUUGAUGACAUUUUUGGAUCAAGUGACCCCUUCACUUUUGAAAUAGAUUUGUUCCACAUAAUCUUCUAACACAUGGCUCUUCAAAUGCUGUUGACUGUUGUAUUUUCUAGCCAAGCCUGGUGAAGUGAUUCGAAAGCACGAGUCAGGACACGGCUGCACCUGUGGGAGUAACAUCACAAGUUAGGUUGAGGCUGCACCUUAAAUAGAAAAAUGAGGAUCAUAUUGCUCAUAGGUUGAGGCAGUAAGGUUUGGCCUGAUGACAUUGAAAUGUGACCAUAGAUAUGGCCUUGGAUAGCUGUAAUGGGGGAAUAAAGAUCAUGCAACCAAUCUGUGAUAGACGGAACAAGCUUUAGUUUAUGCUAAGUCUGCUCUCUUUGUUAGCCUUUUAUGUUCAGUUAUGUCGCAUUGUUUCCUGAAAGUAAGCUACUUUGCUUGCCAUCAGUGGAAUGCUAUCAGCUACAUGUAUCCAUUCUGCAGGGGCAUUGGGCCCAGAAAAUGAGAUGAUUCUCACAUUGCUUUGUUUAAACAUGAUUCAUCUUUCACGAGAUCAAUUGAUCGGUUUUCUGAAAAAAUAGUAAGUUUCUAAAAUAGAUCGAGCUAUGCCUGCCCAGUUAACUAUGUCAAGCUCAAGAUUGACAAUAUCCGCCAUUGAUUGGAAGUGCCAAGAGCUAAGUCGGCAGUGUAUUCAGUUUUCCUGGUUUUGUUUGCAGGGUACUUGCCCUUGGUUGCUACACUUGCCCAUAGUUCCAAGGCGUUUUUGUUCAUAAAAAGAGCAGAUCUUGUUUGCUAAGAUGAGCCCAGUAGAGAUUGGAGCCUUCUUUGCCAUUGGUGACAUCUAGGACAAAAGUCAAGAAUCAAGGCCGCCUCCCAGAAAUCUUAGAAUUGAUGUCUUUUAUAAUUCUUCCUCUUUAAAUGGCUAUUGUCCAUUUUUACAAAUAAACUUGUCAAAAGCUUGUUUUUUGAUUUAGUAAUGUAAUUUCGUUGUAUUGAUUCUAUUAGGCCCCAUGACAUGGUUUGAGCUGUUGAGGACCACUGUUUAUUUAAAAUGCAAUUUUUCCUCUACA